AUGACUGACCUUGAACGCAUAUUAGAUGUGAGGCAGUCUGAAUCAGACCUAUCCGUGUUCCACGUUACCGUGCAAGGUGGAAAGACAGUGCACAGCUUCAUUCGAGAGUUGGACAAGAAUCAUGGCCUUGCCUUCCCGGCUAUGGGAAACUACGCUGGACAGACUGUAGCCGGUAUUGUCAGCACAUCGACACAUGGAUCUAUGAUUGGAACCAAAACAAUGUCUAACUUCGUGUAUGGAUUUCACAUAAUCAUUGCUGGGGGAAUCCAAUUAAAAGUGAGAAAACCCGAGGAAGGUGAAACAGACGAGGAAUUCAGUGUUGUGGAAGACAGAGUAAAUGGUGCUUCAUAUGGUGAUCCUGUUAUAGAGCUCGUCAGCAGCGACGUGUUCAAUGCUGUCGCCGUCGGGAUAGGUUCGCUGGGGGUGAUCUACUCGGUAACCUUCGAAUGCACGACAAUGUUCAACAUCGAAGAGACCAGACAAAUUUUCACCAUCGACUGCCCACGGCCUGGUGAAUAUGUAGAAGAGUUCCGGAUCCCGAAGGAAAUUAAAGAAAUGUAUACUCAUAAUGGGAAAUACUUUUCCUUCUUCGUCAAUCCGUUUCCUAGGAAACGGUGUUGCAAUAAGCGUAAUUAUGUGAAGGGCGUGUUCUUAGCAGGGGAAGAGGUCGAAUACCAUGGUUGUUGUCAAUGCGAUCACUGUAUUGAUCUUCAAUGUGGAGUUUGUUGCACUGGUUGCCGCGGCAAGUCGGCCUGUCAGGCUGUACAGACGGACUGUUCGGCAGCAUUUUUGCAGCAUUGUGCACAGUGUUGCUGUACUUCAUGCAUACCAAUAAUAACAGACUUUGGUUUAAACAACUUUGCCCGGAAGUUGCCGUAUAUUCACAAGUGGUACAACGUACUAACCUUCACCAAUGGAAAUAUUCACGUAAAGACCGCUGAGUACUGUAUUCCAUUGGAGAAUUUAGAAAACGCAUUGGCUAACGUCAUCAAAAUGGCACAGUUUUAUGCAGGAGAACACGCAAUGUACAGUCUUCUGCCGAUCUACGUACGUUUUGUGAAGGCGGAUGAUUUGUACCUGAGCCCAGCCAAUAGAAACAGACCGGACGGUACAACGUGCGAUGAGUACUGCUAUAUCGAGGUGCCAUUUUUACCUGGGGCUUAUGCAGUUGAUGAAUACCACCGAUCGUUGGAGAAUUUCCUGUUUGAGAAAUACAGGGCUCGACCACAUUGGGCGAAGAACAAUUUUUUGACCGCACAUCGUGUCAAGGAGUUAUACCCUGACUUGGACAAGUGGAAGAAGGUGUUUUUGUUAUUCAACAAAGAUCGCAGCUUUGAUAAUGUCUUCACCAACUACGCAGGGUUUGAUGAAUUCCACCACACGGAGAGUGCCUGGUUGGGUCAUGGUAUCGACACUUAUAUGACCGUCACAUCACAACCCAAAAAGCAGUUAGAAAAUGAAGAAACCUAA